UCGUGAACACUUGGAACCACCAGUCCGGUAAAGAACAGAACUGUGUUAUAUAUAUUGUAAAACUAUAUUUUUGCAUAUUUUAUUCUAUCGCUGUAUGUAAUAUGAACAUUUUGAACGUUGACAGAAACUUCUAGAUUCCCCCAGGAGUAUCGUGGUGGAGUCUACCGACUUCCCGCAAAACGGUGGAUUUUUAACUUGCUUUCGAAUUUAGCAUGAACUGUCAGUGAUAUAAGUAGGAGGAACCUUUUGGGAAGCAGACACAGAAAAGAAAGCAGCUACACAGAGUUUCACAGACUUGGACAACAGCUUUCCGUGGAUUACUAAAGAGUAAACGGCAUACAUGUACAACUACGGAAACUUGGGCAGAGGAAUCGACCGGACCUUCCCAGAUAGCAGCUCUGGAUCAGGCUCGAGCUCUGCAUCUCUCACUACAACCACUGUCACAACUCAACAACAACAGCAGCAACAACAACAACACCACCAUCAACAACACAACAACAACAACAACAGAAGUAUUCUGUGGCCGGUUCCAGUCAGUUUGUGCCCAGUCUCAAUGCUGUAACUUCAAACCAGGACCUUCAAUGGAUGCUUCAGCCGUCCCUUCUGGGCACGCCGGGGCCAUCCAGGGCACUUCGAACAUCUUACUCACUGCCACCAAGAAUCCCAUCUAUGAAUCCUCAACUUACUCUAUCACAUCAAUCCCGACCAGGUGUUAUUAGAGCAGCUGCAGCUGUCGACAGCUCAACAAGAAGCAGAAAUAAUGAACAUCUAUCCACUGAGGAACUUGAGCGGCGUAGAAUUAGAAGGGAACGUAACAAAAUGGCUGCGGCUAAGUGCAGGAAUCGUCGACGCGAACUGACGGAAACAUUGCAAAAUCAAACUGACAAGUUAGAGGAUGAAAAAUCACGUCUGCAGAAGGAGAUUGCUGAGCUUCAGAAGCAAAAAGAAAAGCUUGAGUUGGUCUUCGAGGCCCAUAAACCCAUCUGCAAAGUCCAGGACUCUGACUCAGACUCUGACUCCAACAGUGACCUCCCAUCACUAAGUGGAAUCAAGAUUGAGCCUGCAGACCCUGAUCUUCCUGGACCCUCUGGAGAAUUAAAGAGUUAUGCCAAGCCUAAUAAACCCAAACCCAAAAUUACCAUCCCACCUCCAGCUUCAGCCUCCACUGUUACCAGCGCACCUCUAGAAUCAGAGUCUCUUCAUACUCCUGUCCUCAUCUCCACUCCAUCUCUGACUCCCUUUUCUGCCAGCCUGGUCUUCAGCUACCCCUCUUCUUCAAUGGAUAUCAGCUCAGUGACUUCAUCCCAAGCCCUCAGUCUUGCCCCCUCUCAACACGGUACCAGCCAGCUUUCUCGUAACCCUGAGCCGUGUGGUGUCGCUCAUCGCCGCAGCAGCAGCAGCGGGGAUCAGUCCGAUCAUUCCCUCAACUCACCAACCAUCCUCACCCUUUGAUUUCUCAACGCGUUUAUGACUUCCAAAAGUGUCCUUACUACUACACGCAAACAUAAGCAAGUACUUUUACCUGUGUAUUCUGUUUACCUUUAUUAAUGGCUAUUAUCAAGUCACUUAUAUGCUUUAUAAGAAUACAGAAGCAAAAGUUAAAAGGUGAUGUGUGUAAUGGUUUUGACUUGAAAUGCUUUCCCCUGUCCCAGCUUAAUAAGGAGACAUCUAUGCCAUUCGUUGGCUGAUCAGUAAUACUGGCUAAACCAGGGGCAGGAACAAUCUGUUAGUCCAAACAAUGGAAGACAGUGUGAUUUGGUUCGGAAACGGCUUGAAAAUGGUCCUUUAUUUUUGCCAUUUCAUUUGGUUAGAAUAGAGAAAUUACACACUUCACCUUUAUGCAUGUGUAGUCCAAAAUGAGAGGUAAAAUCACCUUUCAUAUGAAGUAGACUGAAGUCAUCACAGCACAUACUGUAUUUAUAUAUAUAUACAACACUGAAAAGAAAACUGACUGACAUUAAAGCCCAUAACGCUUGACUGUAGUGGCUUUAAUAAUAUUAUUAUUUGAUAUAUUAAUUUAUUUUAGCUACAGAUUUAAUAUAUCAUUGAUGGUACAAUCACAGUUAAAAAUCUGGCCUACUAGCAAGUUUCUAUGAGAGUUAGUGAGAGCACAACCAUUAUGCCUUUCAGGAAGGGAUGUUUAAAGCAAUUUUUAAUGAGUGUCUAUUAAGUUAUUUAUUAGUAUGUUCAUUUUAGAAAUGUUAUGGUUUUAAUUGAUGGAUCUAUUCUAAAUUUGUAUUGGUUAUACUGUCUUUAUAUGCACGUUUGUGGACUUACACAGCCAGCGUAAUGCUAUUUCUUUGUCGUGUCAUUUUAUGUUUUUAACCUUGGUUUUAAGAAACAUAAUGUUAUAAUAACAUGAAUACGCUAGUUUUAAAGAAACCGAAGGUAUGCUGCCUACCUGCUUCUUUACAAACACCACAUCUCAGCACUGAGAAUGUACACUUCAAUGACCGAUUCACUGUUACACUGGUUAAAUUAUAUUUUAACUUCACUUCACUGAACACUUCAGUGGCUACACUACAGUGGGUUUUCCCUACAAGUACAAAAGUGAAUGAUUCACAGGCCAGUAGAAGUAAAUUAUUAAGAUAGACUCUUUAUACUCUAUUGGAUAAACUAUGUUAGAUUCUACUAUUGCUUGACCACAUAUAGUUUUGUAUUUAUUUUUUGAAAACAAGAUAUUUUUUAAAUACUUUUUACUGGAAACAUGUUGCAUGCUGUUUAACCUCAAAUAAACAAAUACUGAAAAUAUGUGCUGCUAUUAAAUACACAUUAUUAUGACUUCGGAGAUGUUUUGUAAGAAUAAUAGUGCCUUGAAAUUAGGAAUUACAUUUAUUUCUAUUCUGUAUGACAUUCAUAUAUGGCCCCUUCAUAUGAUUAUUUGUAGCUGUAAUGUUAUUUCAAGGGGCACACAGCGACAGAUAUAAGCAAUAAAGUAAAUGCUUAGUAAGUUACAUAAUGGAAAGUGAGCAGGGGUAUGAGGAGGGGUUAAGCGUUUCCUCAUAGGAUGUCAAAAAAAGUUCAAUGAGUCACAAACACAUUUCCUCUGAACUAGAAACAAUUGUUAAACAUUCUCCUCUAACAGUUGAUCUUAAUGUGAUGUUUUGAAAGAAUAAACAAGAAUCUCAGGACACA